AUGUCGAACCGUUACUCGGUCUUCUCCACGCAGUCGGCCGGGCUCUCGGCCGGCCCCCGACCACAACACGGGAGUCAGGUCUCAACAACAACAUUAUUGAAUGCUCUGCACUCUUUUUACACCGCGGGUCAACCAUACCAGCUAGAUUCAGCCACAAGUCUGGUUGUUAAUACAUGGGUCACCGCAGCGACAACCUUGCCCGAUGGGCGAACUGGCGCAACGGUCGACCGUGACCUGGCGAUCAGGGCUUGGGAACAUGCUCGACGCCGGGCGGAAGACGGAUGUAUCGUCCUAGGCUCGCUACAUCAGUCAACGCCAUCAUUGCUGGAACCAUUCAUCACGUCGAUCCCAGUGGAAACACCCGAGGUAGCUCUGAUUGCACUCUCCGCCCUACGUCCAUUUCUCACCGCAGUCACCUCCUUCAAUCCCUCAUACUGUCUCCAUGCCGCACUAGCGGCCAAUUACACAUUGUCUCUCCAAGGCUCAGUCGUUGGCCUCUCCUUCGCCCUGUCCACCGCGGGCAUUAAUGUGCGCAAAGGUCUUCUGGAUAUCCAGCCUGAAACUGGCUACCGUGCAUUCGAUGCCUUCUACUAUCUCCUGACCUCUGCUUCGACGGCUGCAGAGCGUGAAUUCUUGGACCUGAAGGAUCCUUCGGCAUACACCUUGCUGAAGCGGUCAGGCACAUAUGAUCCCCCGCAUUAUCUUCCCACGGCCGAUGAUGCCGCUGCAGCGGAGGACUUUCGGGCUUCCUUAAAGGCGAUCGGCAUCAAAGGUGCUUCUCAGCGAGGUUUGCUGUCAGUCCUGGCUGGUCUCAUCAAGCUCGGCAAUACCGUCGGCUUUGAAGUCGAUCAAGAAGAUCUAGAGGAAGUGUGUGAGGAUGCGGGUGGUCUCUUGUCGAUUGAUCCGGAGAUUCUCCUGCAUAAAUGCUCCACCGAUGAGCGGGAAGUGUUGAUUGCAGGCAUUUACGAGGCUCUGGUCGAUUGGGUCAUUAGCAAAGCAAACGAGGCUAUCACCGCUGAUAUCCAGGUUGCAUUGGAGAAUGAUUCUACUAAUGGGGGCGGUGCGGCACAAUGGUCUAAUGAUGACACAGUCAACUUGACUGUAAUCGAUAUUCCCCGACCAGCUCUUGGAAAGGCAAUCGCCAUGAGAGGUAUCUUCGACGAUAGCAUCGGACUAAACGCCGAAAUGAAGGAUGAUGGGAUUCCUCUUCCGCCUAUUGGCGGCUCUGUCAUCAGUGAAAUGAACUCCGCAGUAAGCCAGGUUGAACCGGAUCUCGGUAUCACCACAGGCCUUGCUGGCCGGGAACGCGAACAUGAUCUCGACAAGCGGCAGGAUGUAUUGGAAAAAGUUGGUGUCGAGCUCGAAAUCGAUGCUUUCCUCCGACGCAUUCUUUUCCCAGUUGACACCGAAGGUAUUACUGUCGGAAAGCGUGGGCGGUUUGAUCUUUCCACAACUCUCAACAGCAGCCGUGUCUGGUACCACCUCUCUCUGCAUCCGAGUGAUGACAUGCCGGAGCAGCUCACGUCAGUGGGACCCACGGCGUGGUCUGCGGGUGCUGUCUCUCGCCAAUUACGAGAUUGGCGACUCGCGGAGUGGGCUAAUCGUCGUUUGAAGCAACUCGACUUCACCGCCGAUUUCGACGUGGAAGAGUUUGUCGGGCGAUAUGCACGACUUGGUUGCACCGAAGGACAGGAUGGUGUUGAAAACUGGAUUAUCGAGAGAGGCUGGAGCAACGGCGAUGCUGUCGUUGGAGAACAGCGUGUGUGGAUGCGAGAAGGUGCAUGGUGGGAAGCAGAGAGUAUGCUCGAUCUCAAGCCAGAGGAUACUCACGUCAAUCCCUUCAUGUACGGACCUGCCUUGUAUGAGACUGGCUUCACCUCGGACGGCACUCCAGUACAAGAAUCAUCCAACCUUCUUAGCAUGCCCGCGGCCGGCGCCAUGGCUCCGAGUGUCAUGGGCGGUGCCAAAUCCAUUGCCCCUAGCGCGCCAUUCGCCAACACUGCAAACAACGGUGACUACGGACUGGGCCGCAAAGGUGACGAUAAGAAGGGAGACAUUGCAUACUACGACGAAUAUGGCCGAUACGUCGGGGAAUUCGACCCCGAGUUCGGUGAUCCUAAGCACAUCGAGAAGAAAACCAUCACCUGGGGCCGUCGGCUCUGGGCUGGUUUCGUCUGGGCGAUGACCUUCUGGAUUCCCUCCUUCGUACUCCGAUACGUUGGUCGCAUGAAACGCCCGGAUGUCCGCCUGGCAUGGCGAGAGAAGCUCGUCCUGGUUAUGUUGAUCCUGCUGUUCAACGGAAUUGUCUGCUUCUAUAUCAUCGCCUUCGGUGAUCUUCUCUGUCCAAACAAGGACAAAGCCUGGAACGAGAAAGAGCUUGGAUGGCACUCAAAAAGCAAUGACUUUUUCGUUGGUAUCCACGGCCGCGUCUACGACAUCGCAAAAUUCGCGCGCACACAGCACAGUGACAUCAAUGGACAAGACACAUCAUCAUCCAACAUGCAGGACUUUGCAGGUCAGAAUUUGGAUGCCUACUUUCCUCCGCCUCUUAACCGGUAUUGUGCUCCAUUCGUCAAGUCCGAUACUAUAACACUGUCACACAACAAGACAGAUGCUAUUACUCUGCCUACAGCCGAGCACAAAUCGGGUAAACAGUCACCAUACGUCAACUCUAAACUCCACAAAGACGACUGGAAGCAAGCUGAAGCUGAUGCUCGGUACUGGGUUAUUAAGGACCAGAAGGUGUAUGAUUUGACGGACUACUUCUACACACUGAAACGGAUGAACAAUCUUGACUCAUACAAUUGGCUACCGUCGAGUUUGACGUCCCUCUUCAGAGACAAUAUGGGCGAAGAUGUCACCGACAAAUGGCAGGAUACACCGGCCUUCAGAAAUGCCCAAACGUGUCUUGAUUUCGUCUUUUACGUGGGUAAAGUUGACUUCCGUGACAGUCCACGAUGCACUGUGAACAAUUGGAUCUUGCUCAGUUUCACUAUUCUCAUCUGUGCUGUCAUCCUCGUCAAAUUCCUGGCAGCUCUACAGCUGGGCUCCAAACGUCGACCCACGCCACAGGAUAAAUUCGUUAUUUGCAUGGUUCCUGCUUAUACCGAGGGUGAGAACGACCUCCGAAAAGGUCUUGAUUCUUUGACUGCUCUCCAGUACGACAACAAGAGAAAGUUGAUCUUUGUCAUCUGCGACGGUAUGAUUGUUGGUGGCGGUAACGACCGUCCUACCCCUAAGAUUGUCCUGGAUAUUCUGGGUGUUGAUCCCAAGAUGGAUCCACCGGCACUACCAUGCAAAUCACUCGGCCAAGGAAGUGAGCAGCUGAACUACGGCAAGGUGUACUCUGGUCUCUAUGAGUAUGAGGGCAAUGUUGUCCCUUACAUUGUAGUUGUCAAGGUCGGCAAGGAAUCCGAGCAACGCAAGUCUAAGCCUGGUAACCGUGGCAAACGAGAUACCCAGGUUGUUCUCAUGCAAUUCUUGAACCGCGUCCAUCACCGCUCACCCAUGUCGCCUCUUGAACUCGAAAUGUUCCAUCAAAUCAACAAUGUGAUCGGUGUAGACCCAGAGCUCUACGAGUACUGUCUCAUGGUCGAUGCAGAUACCACCGUUAGGGAAGAUUCUUUGAACCGUCUGGUUGCCGCUUGUGCUGCGGAUGCCAAAAUCGCCGGCAUUUGCGGCGAGACCAGUCUCCAAAAUGAGGAACGUAGUUGGUGGACGAUGAUUCAGGUUUACGAAUACUACAUCUCGCAUCAUCUGGCCAAAGCAUUUGAGUCGCUUUUCGGCAGUGUUACCUGUCUUCCUGGAUGUUUCACCAUGUAUCGUCUUCGAACUGCGGAUAAAGGGCGUCCUCUCAUCAUCUCGGACAAAGUCAUUAAUGACUAUGCUGACAACGACGUUGACACCCUCCACAAGAAGAACCUUCUCUCGCUUGGUGAGGAUCGUUAUCUGACAACCAUCAUGACCAAGCACUUCCCAUCAAUGUCGUACAAGUUCAUUCCUGAUGCGUACGCAAGUACAGCCGCCCCCGAGGCUUGGAGUGUGCUUCUGUCGCAACGACGCCGCUGGAUUAACUCUACUAUCCACAACUUGGUGGAACUAGCAGCUCUGGAGGACCUCUGCGGUUUCUGCUGCUUCAGUAUGCGUUUUGUUGUUCUUGUCGAUUUGCUGGGAACGAUCAUUCUUCCUGCUACCUGCGUUUACCUCACCUACCUGAUCUACCGCGUCGCUAGCCACACAGGUCCUUUCCCUAUGAUUUCGAUCAUCAUGCUGGCUGGUGUAUAUGGUCUUCAAGCGAUUAUCUUCAUUGUCAAACGGCAGUGGCAACACAUCGGAUGGAUGAUCAUCUAUCUACUUGCUUACCCGAUUUAUAAUUUCAUCCUGCCGCUCUAUGCCUUCUGGAAGCAGGACGAUUUCACUUGGGGUACUACCCGUGUCGUCAUCGGCGAGAAGGGUGACAAGCGUGUUAUCGCUGUGGAAGAUGAGCCAUUCGAUCCGCGCAGCAUCCCACUCCAACGCUGGGAUGACUAUGCCAUGGCUAACAAUCUUCCUGGCCGUCGCGGUGACAUCAGCUCGUCUCAGGAGAAGGUCUAUGCCACGGGUCGGUAUGACGACAUGGCGAUGGAGAUGGAUGACAUGCACUCGCAGUACUCCUCUGUCAAGCCCGCCUCUACCAUUCUCACCGGUUUCCCUGGUCAGGGCCGCCACCACCCCUACAUGCCCCCUCAGUCGCCCGCACCCUUCGUUGGCGGAAAUGUUCCCGGCAACCGCAACUCGCACAUGUCAAACUUCUCUCGCUACACAGAUAUGCCUCAGGUUGGUCCUCAAAUGGGCCAUUCUGCACAAGCUUCCCGGCACAUGUCCAUGGGUGGUCUCAGCGCCUACCAAGAUAGCCCGAUAAACACAAGCAGACACAGCAUCGGCAUGAUGCAGAGUAGCGAUAAUCUCCUCGGAAAUUCACGCUCUCGCAGUCCAUUGCCUCAAUAUCCUCCCCGACCCGCUAGCACUGCAUUCGAUUUCCGUGUCGGUAGUGGUCCCGAUGAGGCUACCAUCACUGAGGCGAUUCGCGGCUGUCUCGCAGAGGUUGAUUUAGAUACUGUCACUAAAAAGCAGGUUCGCGCUCUUGUCGAACAACGCCUGCAAACCUCACUCACUGGCGACAAGCGAGCCUUCCUGGACCGCCAGAUCGACCAGGAACUGGCUAACAUGUGA